AUGGAUUCUAUUACUGAUGAACAGUGGUUUUUAGAAACCUCUGGAAUGUUAGGUAAUGAUAAUUUGGGACCUCAAUCACAGGUCUUACCUGGUAAACGUAGACCAGGAAAGAAGAAAUAUCCAACUCAUAUGUAUUCCGAUAGGAACAACACUGAUACCAUGUUUUCUGAUUUCAAGGCUCUGAUAUCUCCAGAGCUUGAGUCGUUCGACUUCCCUCCAUCUUUCAAUGGUGACACUAUUGCCGAUAAUAAUGAGGAUGUCGAUAUUGAUUGGAGCCAAUUGAAUUUAGACCUAUCUGUUGAGCAAAGAAGAGCAAACGCCCAACAAAGAAGAGUCUCAAGUGGGACUGCUAUCUUUGGUUUUUCUAACCAUGAUAAAAACCUGAUGUUUUCAAAUACAAAUUUAAACCCAACAGAAUACCCAAACCCUUCCGAAGAGUUAAUUAAACAAGAAGUAGACUUACAAUUGGCCUUGGCAAAACAACGUGAAACUAAUAGGAAAUUAGAAGAAGAGUUGUAUAAGAAUAUGCUGAAACAAGAAAAUCUAAACAAACAGAUUAGCAAACAAAAAAUUUCAAGCUCAAAGAUUCUACAAGACUCAAAAUUUCCAGAAGUUUCACUAGAUUUAGAAACUGAAGAUUUAUUUGACUUAGAGUCUUCAGAUGUCAUCAAUGGUUCUCCUUCAAAGAAGCCAAACAGAGGCAAAUUAUCGAUCAUACACAACUAUAAUGAUAAGAUUCCAGUCCCUCAAAACAAAAGGAAAUCAAGUAAUAUAGUGAGAGAAAUGGAAAGAUUCUUUCAAGAAACUAAUACCCAAAAUAAAGAAAACAUAUCUUAUGGCAAAAUUAGUGUACCUCAUAAAUUUGACCAAAAUAUUGUCACAUACGGCAAACAAUUGAUUUCUCCUGCUUUAUCUUCUAAAUUCAGUCCAGCACUAAGCAAUUUAGAUGGUAUUUCUGAAUCAAUAAUGGGCGAUAAUCAAUACGAUUUAGAUGAUGAUUCAAAUGGAUCCUCAAAUAUGCCUUUAGGUUUAGGGUUACAUUCGGAUAGAAGAUCUUCUGUAAAUAUUCUUCCAACAAUACCAAGCUCAAUUCCUGGUAGCCCAAUCCAAAGGAUCCAAUCUAAUCCUAAUGACGUUAGAUCAGGGUCCAAUAAUAAAAGUACCGUGAAUGGUGGUUCUUUUACAAAAUUUCAAACUACACCAAGCUUGAAGCCACCAUCUUCAAGAACAACAUCACACGGUUAUUUAGAUGUUAACAAUGAAGAUGGAAAUUGUACCCCAUAUAAUACUAGCCCAUCUUCAUCACCAGUUAUGAGAAACCAAGGACAAUUCGAAUUAAACUUAAUAAACAGUAAUACUUUCGGCGAAGCAAGCCCUAUAAAAAUAACAAGGAAACCAACAACUCUUCCAAGAGGUUCAAUUGACAUAUACGUCAAAGAAAUGCCAGAUAAAAAGUUUCAAUGCCUAUACCCUAAGUGUGAUAAAACAUUUAAGAGAAGAUAUAAUAUCAGAUCACACAUCCAAACCCAUCUGGAAGAUAGACCAUACAAAUGUGAUUUUGAAGGGUGUGAUAAAGCCUUUGUUAGAAACCAUGAUUUAAUUAGACAUAAAAAAUCCCAUGCUGAAAAAUCUUAUGCCUGCCCUUGCGGGAAGAAAUUUAACAGAGAAGAUGCUUUGAUAGUUCAUAGAAGUAGAAUGAUCUGUUCUGGAGGUAAAAAAUAUGAAAAUGUAGUCAUUAAGAGGUCUCCAAGAAAGCGUGGAAGACCAAGAAAGGAUGGAUCAGAUAGUGUUAACUGUAGUCCAGUUAAAGAAUCUGUUAAAAAUGACAGCAAUGGUUAUGUCAUGAAAAAAAUUGAAGAACAAAUAAGUUCUUCCCUCGAUAUCAAUACAAUGGCAGGUGCUCCACAACCUCCAUUUAAGUUUUCUAACAAAAGUUUGUUACUUUCACCUGCAUCCCAGGGUGAUUUUAGUGACUUUGACCCUUCACUAAACACAAAUCAGGAAUUUGAAUUUAGUAUUUAUUAG